AAUUAUAUCAUUAAAACUAAAGAAAAGGGAGAAGGGAAAGGAGCCAAAUAAGAACCUAUCACCAGUGGAGUGCUCCGUACUUCAUCUGUCACCACGGUCGCUGCAGAAGUGGGCAGUCCAGGAUUUUUAUCUGCAAAAGGUCAUUGCAAAAAACAUACCUGCCACAUAUCAGCUCAUCGGCUGCUUUAGUAGCCAGCUGCUUCCUAAAACUACUACUUUGGCUUCAUUAAAUCCAGGUGUUGCUUCCUCCCGAAGACGCUGCAGGACAUUUUUGGACAAACUGGUCUUCCAUCCUUAUUGCGCUCCUGUCCGAUCCUCGCCUCCCGAACGUGCAUCAAAGUUGCAGCAGAAGACUGUGAAUAGUUGAGGGAUUAGGAGAGGGGAAAAGUUGGUCACCUGCGAGCCAGAGAGGACCGACACCACGGUCCAAGCCGACUCCAAGUGCCGUUCACCGGGCGAUGCCAGAGUAAAUGCCGGGGCAAUGUCCCGCCGCAAGCAGGUGAACCCGCAGCACUUAUCGUUGACGCACAGGGAGACAGUACGAGCAGCAGAGGCCAAUCAUGAUUCAGGAGCGGCAUCUCCAUCUCCGCAGCUGUCCACCCCCAGCCCUCGGAGGGUGGGACCCGGGGAGCAUGACAUGCUGACCUGCGGCCAGUGCCAGACCAACUUCCCUCUGGGCGAUAUCCUGGUUUUCAUCGAGCACAAGCGCCGCCUGUGCCGGGGGCUCCGAAGUGGACCGGGGUCCUUCUCCAAACCGGGGGAGACCGGCAGGAUCACUGGCAUUCCAAUCUCUCCCAGGUCUCUGGAGCUGGGCAGAGGGUCCAUUCCGGUGGAGAUUGGCAUCCAGGUGACUCCCAGCAGAGAGGAGGAUCUGGAAAGGAGGCUGACACCGGCCAGGGGGAUCUGCCCAAGACGGGAGAGAAGAGAUAAAGAUGAGCCAUCCAGCUACAUCUGCACUACCUGUAAGCAGACCUUCACUAGCGCCUGGUUCCUGCUCCAGCAUGCCCAGCACACCCAUGGCAUCCGUAUCUACCUGGACCACCACCAAGUCAACUGCUCCCUCACUCCCCGCAUGGCUCUGCCUCCACUCCCGUGCGGCGAUGCCCUGCCCCGCUCUCCUCUCCCCACUUUUCUCGGUGACGCCAACAACCCAUUCCACCUCCUCCGCAUGGCUGCUCCCCUGCUCAGGGAACACCUCCCACCCCCGGGGUACAUGGAGACCCGGCUGCCUGCAACGCCACCCUUUGUCAGCCCUAACCCACCCCCUAGACCGCUUCUCGAGCGACUGGGCCCAGAGGAGAUGGGGCUGCUGUCCCAGCACCCCAGUGCCUUUGAGAGGGUGAUGCGGAUGACCCCCAUGGAGCCCCCUUCCAUGGACUUCUCCCGACGUCUGAGAGAACUGGCGGGCAACACGACAAAUAAUGGGGGGCCCACUCCUCCUCUCUCACCCAACCGUGUGCCACCCAUGCAUCGCUUGCUGAGUCCCACACUUUUCCAGCCUGGUGCCAAGCCCCCGGCAUUUCUCACCUAUCCCCCUCAGCCGCCCCCUUCUCACGGGGGACACGGUUCUUCCAGCCCUCCUAACACUCAGGGUCAGAACCAGACCCCGGGAAAAUCCAAAUCCUGCGAGUUCUGUGGCAAGGUUUUCAAGUUCCAGAGCAACCUGAUCGUCCACAGACGCAGUCACACAGGAGAGAGGCCGUACAAGUGUCACCUAUGUGAUCAUGCCUGUUCCCAGGCCAGCAAGCUUAAGAGGCACAUGAAGACACAUAUGCACAACAAGUCUGGCUCCAUGAGUGGCUCCCCAGAACAGGGAAAUAGAGGGGAGGGAGGAGAGGGCGAAGAAAAGAGCAGGGAGGGGAAUUCAAGAGGGAUGGGGAUGGACAAUGAGGAGGAGGAGGAAGAAGAGGAGGAAGAAGAAGAGGAGGAAGAGGAGGAAGAGGAGGAAGAACUGAGGAAUGGAAAUCGGCCAGAUUCCAACUUAAGUGAGGACUCCCAGGAGUUCAGCCAGAAUAGGGCGAAUGGCCCCAGACAGUGUCCUGGGGAGAAACACCUGAGUGGUGGCAGGGACAGAGUAAAUGACAGUGGCGGUGUGGGCAUCAUGCACCCGUACAACCAUCUGGACAAUCACCUUAGACUUAACCCUAACAAGAGAAGCCUGGAGAGACACCCUAAUGGAGAUGGUGAAGAAAGGGGUGAAGAAAGAGAGAAUGAGAAGGAACAGGGUAGAGAGCGAGUUGUGCAGGUGAACCAGAGGCCUGUGAUGAACGGCAGGAUCAGUGUAUCCGAAGCAGACUCCUUCCCUGGGUUGUUCCAGCGUCGGCCCACCCCCAUCACCAGCCCGAGUCCCUCCAACAACAAGAGGAUCAAGAUAGAGAAGGAACAGCUGGAGCUUCCCCCAACCUUACCCCUCAUUUCCCCGGAGAAUGUCUACUCUCAGCUCCUGGCUGGCUACGCUGCUUCGCGCCACUUCAUCCGAGAACCCUUUUUGGGAUUCACAGAUUCCCGUCAAUCGCCGUUCGGCACCUCCUCCGAGCACUCCUCUUCAGAGACGGGAAGCCUCCGUUUCUCCACCCCGCCUGGAGAGCUGAUGGAAGCAGGAAGCGCCUCGGGACGCAGCGGCAGCAGCACUCCUCACCUCCUGCGGGGACCUGGACCCGGCAGGCCCCCAAGCUCUAAGGAUAGGAGGAAUGACACCUGCGAGUACUGUGGCAAGGUGUUCAAGAACUGCAGCAACCUGACCGUGCACAGACGCAGCCACACAGGGGAACGGCCCUACAAGUGCGACCUGUGCAGCUACGCCUGCGCCCAGAGCUCCAAGCUGACGCGCCACAUGAAGACCCACGGGCAAUUUGGGAAGGAGGUGUACCGCUGUGACAUCUGCCACAUGCCCUUCAGCGUCUACAGCACGUUGGAGAAACACAUGAAGAAAUGGCAUGGCGAACAUUUGAUGGCCAGUGAGGUCAAACUGGAGGAGGCGGACAGAGUUUAAGCCAGCAACCAUUAGUUAUACAGCCUACAGUGUACACAAGCAAACACUCUCACACACAUACACAAAAGCAAACACAUGCACACACAAAAUCCCUAUAACCACUUCUUCAGCUACGACGCUUGGCUGGAUAAUUUCUCUCUCUUAAAAAAAAUUGAGACUGAUUGAUGUUCAUCUUUUUUUCUUGUCACAGAAACUGCCACCUGAGAAUAUAAACAAAGGGAAACUUUAAUGAGGACUUGUCUGGAAUGCACAACUUGGUGUUUCUUGGCAAACUGUCUGAGGAUUUUAUCAGUUAGGAAUCCAUGGAGCCUUUCUACUGUGCAAUAAUUUCUGUAUUUAUUGGAUUUUUGUAAUGAUAUUUGGCAUGUGCAGGUACAUCUUUGUGGGAUUUCAUAUGGAGUUAGUUUUGAAAUGUGCUAAAACGUUUUUUUUUUCUAAAGUGCGAUGGGAAGAAGUCAUCCUUAAUACAAAUUUUCUUUUUUUUCCUCUCCUUUAAGGAAGCUUAUUAUCAUGUGCGAGUUAAAUUGUGCAAAGCAGUUAGCUUUUUAAAGAAAAAUAAUUGUUUUCUAUAUUAACUGCAGCAGCGGACUACAAUCCACUCCCUCACACAGGCCUAAAGCACUGAAUGUCAGCCUGACAAUAAAACAUCAUGCUGGAUUUAAAAAAUCCAACAUUAUCUUAAAGACCUGAUGAAUUUAUUCAGGGAAUUUGUCCUUUUAAAUAUUGGCAUGUGAAUAAUUUUAAAUGCAGUUACUGUAUUGCCGUCCUUGCUUCAGACAGGACAUAAAUAAAGGUUGCACUUAAUGGAGGUAACUUUAAUUGAUGCUCAGUACAUUCCCAAUGUAGGAUUAAAAUACCAUAUUUAAUAUGUUGAAUAAGAAAAGACUACUUGUGAUUAAUGUGAGAAGGAGAACAGUCCUGUUUAUGGUUUGUAAAUAUAUUCUUUUUUUGAUAUGUUAAAGUAGCCCCGACUGUACAUGAAAGAUGGCCUAAAACUAAACAAUCAGCAGACCAGCUGCUCGCAUCAUCCACGGUAUAUGCUAAGUGUAACUACCAUUCAUUGUUGCUUUAUCAGACCCACUUGAUUAUCCCACCCACUCCCCUACCCCAUGUGUGCUUACUCAAAGGCAAUUUGUUAAACUAAAGCUACUUCAACAAUUGUAACACGUUCUAAAUCAUUCUCCAUCUCCCUCUCGUGUCUGCCGUGGCAUCUCUCUCUGACCCGGGUCGACUUCCCGUGUCCCCUUAGGAUCUACAAAAUAGUUCCAAAUGAAAUUCAUAUCAAUAUGUGUUAGCGUGUGUGUUCUUCUCUCUGCAGUGUGCUUUAAGCCUCUCUCUCCGACGGCGUCUUUUCACAGUUCACUAGCUCAGAUUCAUGCAUUAGAGCGGCUUUUAAAAGGAAGCCUGUUCAUUCGCCUCACAAAGUGAUACGGGUUUAACUCCCAGUAACAGAUUUUGAGACAGUGUGCAUGUUCGUGACUUUUGGGGAUUACGGUUUUUAUUUUCUGCAUAGUUCAUCCUGAAAUGAAUCUGGUAGAGAGAGAAAAAUAGGCUAUAUGAGUUAUGAUAAUUUUGAGCACAGCUGCAAUGCGGGCUGGCCAGGCGACCUUGAGUAGGGGCUAUUCUUAUAGUAAAAAUGAAAGAUUGGAACUGAGAAAUGAAGAGAAAGAAAUGGAGGGAGAGAGAGCAAGACCUUGGCCAGGGACAAGAGUCAUUCAAAUGAAAUUGGAAGCAUAUGAAAAGUGUGUUUUUUUUCAUACCCAAAUGCACAUCUACUGGCCACAUCUUAUAACGGACCAUCAGAGUGAGACAGAGCGAGCGUGAGAGGGAGGGAAACGGCAAAGCCACAUGAAAGGAGAUUGAGACUACAUCUUUCAUUUUAAUACUGCAAAUCAUCACAAUCAUCUUCACUUGAAGGUUUGACAUGCUAUUGUCAGGUUUUAUCUGCGUCAUUUAGUUUCGAUAGAAAAAAGGAUUAUACUGUAUCUUGAAUGCAAAUUCCUCUUUUUUUUGUUGUGAUUUUUAGAAAGGAAAUGAUGUUGAGACCACACAGUUCAGUUAGUCCAAAAUGAGGCAUACAACUAUGAACAGUGAAACCCCGACAGAGAUACAAAUCACACAUGGACAUUCAGGCUUACGAUAUGUUUACAGUGUUGAAGUAUGCCAUUAAUUAAAUACUCUGUGUAAGUGUUUGAAAAUGAUAAUAAAGUAUUGUUUUCGCCAAUGUUCUUUCAAAUGUUUUUGAAUGCCAUAGCAGUUUUGUAUGAUUAUCCUGGUGGAGGGAUUUUAUCUUCAUGAAUAUGUUUCUGUAUGAUUACUUGUUCACUGUAUGGGAAGACAAUUUUUUUGAAAUGUAAUAUUGCAGAAUAAUGCCAGAUCAUUAUUUUUUUCUAACAACAGUGGUGCCAUUAUUGACUUUUGGUCUCUUUUUUUUUAUAUUUAAUUUUUCUUUUAUGUGAAUUUCCUGUUGUUGGUUUGGUGAAGCUAUCCUCCAUGGAUGUAAAACAAAAUGUUGAAAAAAAAAAGAUUACAAGAAUGAGAUGAUCCUAAAGGUAGAACCUUCGGCAGGGGAAUGCAAUGCAUUGUGUGGGAAUCCUUUUCCAAAUCAAUUUUUAUGAGACAUUCAUGAACAUUAUGUUUUGUUUUUGUUUUUUCUCAUGGUUGGUUGAAGGUCAUGUGACGGCACUUGCAACUGUAAUUUUAAAUACAUUUUCAUAUUUCACUUUUCACAACUUUCACUUACACUCUUUGUACAAAAAUAGUUUCCUUGUUCUUUUUUUUGGGGGGGGAGUGCAUCAUUGUGAAAAAAGUGAUUUCAGAACAGUACACAUCUGCUGUUUCGAACAUAUAUGUAUUUUUGUAAUGUGUUGAAAAAUCAAUACAAGAAAGCCAACACUUCAAUAAAUGUUGCAAUUGCUCUAUGAUUGAA